UUGCAUACCUAUAUUGUAGGUAACGCACAUGAUGAACUGCGAGCUCGCGAUACUCUUGUCAAACUCUUAACUUUGGCAUUCAACAAGACCGUAGAUACUCUAUUGAGCAAAUCCACCCUUCGACCUGAUCUACUGUUGUGCAUCGUUCUGCUCCUGAGAGUCCCCAUUGUGUGUCGAUUCGAUGCCGCGCUGGUCUCGACUCUAUCGCAAUCGCAGCAGGAUGUAAUUUUUGACAACGAAAAAUUGGAAACAUUCAGGUGUUUCUCUGAAUCGGAUCCGUUCGAGUAUCCCGUUAGCUAUGGACAAAUAGCUGACCAUCUUUCCGAGCUAGUCGGAGAGAAAUCUGAUACCAAAGUAACGACGCCCAUAGGAAGUACAUAUGAGCACAUAUUCACUAACAAGGUUGUGUCAGUGUGUACUUCAUGCUAUAACAGGUCCUCGUUCUCAAAAUGCUUCACCUCGUUUUCCAUCAAUAUGUAG